UGUCCUCCAGUGCUGAUUCAGGGAUCCCCACCUCUUCCAUCGCAGAGAGCCCCUCCACAUUCCCUGGCACUGGUCUCCUACCCACCACACCAGCCUUGGGCAGAGCGGGAGCUGCUGGGAUUCUCACCGGCACUCACUUGCUUACAGACUGUUCCAGAGCACAGAGUAUCGCUAGAAAGAGCCCUGACCGUGCCCCAGCUCCAAGCAGGCUUUGUCCAUCUGCAAAUUCCCUAGAUGCGUGGGAUAAUCUGGUGACCAUGGUGGGAACCCCGGGAGGGGUUCUCCUGUUUUGGAGGAGCCAGGGACCUGAGCUGGGAAGGCAGAGGGCACAACCUACAGCCCAUGGCCCCAUCAGCUGAUGGAUCUGGGCUAUCUAAACUGGAUCCCUGCUCUUCAUCACCCCGUCCCUCCCCUGUCUACUGAUAGCCCUUGUCAUUCUGUGUCUUUAUUAGAAUAGUCUCAUUCACUCUCUGCAGUAGUGAUUCUCAAGCCUCAGCCAGCAUUGUAUUCACGAGGAGGGCUGGUUACCACCCAGUUUGCACGGCUCCGCCCCGCAGACUUUCUCCUUCAGGGCGGGCACAACUUUCGCUUUUCUAACGAGUUCCCGGCAUUGCUGCUGCCGGCCCCGGGACCGUACUUUUAAGAACGGCCCCUCUAGAAAGUGAGGUCGACUCGGCAGAAAGGACAGGUCUGUGUUUGCACCACAUGCAUCCCGAGGUGCACACUGAAUAAAUGAAUCGGGAACGAAAGGAAAAGAGCAGGAGGCGGGCGGAAUAAGGAAUGACGGAGGAAGGAAACUCCUGUGCCCCAGACCCCAUCCCAGACGCUGUCUAGGAGGCGCCCCGACCUCGGACGGCGGGGCUCCCGGCCUCCCCUCAGCGGCGGGACCCGCCCGCAGGCCCCACCCCCACGCAGCCGGGGCUCUUUGGCUUUGUGACGUCACCGCCCUGGAGGGCAGGGAGAAUGGUUGCCUUGGCGACGUAAACGGAACGCCAGGGCGCUGGGAGCCGGGAACUGCGGUGCGGAGGCUUCGGAGGUUGGAAUCGCCUUUAGCCAAAAUCAAGCUUUGCAACAAGCCUUUGUUCCUCUGCCCAGAUGUCCAAGAUUGUGUCUACUGUGGUCUCCAAGGGUAUGACUUACAACAAGAACAGGCUGGAGUCCCCGGACAACAGUUCUUCUUCAAUCAUUGAAGAAAAAAAGGAGAAACAUGGGAAAAAAGUGUCCAUGAUUGUUCCUGACCGUUCAGCAAAUCCUUUCCACAUGUCUGGAGAUGUGGAUUUCUUCUUGCUCAGAGAACAGGAGCGGAAUAAGUCUCGUGCAGAGCGGGAGCAGAAGACGACCCUGCAGGUGCACCAAAAGAUGACUUACUCGUCCAAAGUGUCGGCCAAGCACACCAGCCUGCGUCGGGAGCUGCAGCUGGAGGACGAGAUGCAGGACCAGGAGAUGCGCGCCGAGGCGGAGCGGCUGCGCGCCUUCCACGACAACACGGUGUGGAAGCUCCACAUGACCAAAGAAAGGAAGAUGGAAUCUGAUAACAUGAACAACUACCUUAAUCAGAAGCGGCAGAUGUUCCUUAUCCAGCACGCCCUGCACAGGAAGCGGAGCGAGGUCCAGCGGCUAGAGAUGCUGGCGGCCAAGGAGGAGGCGCAGUUGGAGCAGGCUGAGAAGUCCCUGGAGAAGGACGCAGCCUUGUUCGACGAGUUUCUCCGGGAGAAUGACCGCAGCUCCGUUCAGGCCCUGAGAGUGGCUGAGAAGGAGACCAAAGCAAAGGUGGAGAAGAUCAUUGAGAUCCGGGACCUGACCACCCAGAUCAUGAACAUCAAAAGUGAAAUCUCCAAAUUUGAAGACACUCUGCAGCAUUACAAGAUCUACAAGGACUUCCUAUACAAGCUGUCGCCUAAGGAGUGGUUGGAAGAAAAGGAGAAGAAGCACCUGGAUCUCAAAAAGACCAAGGAGGGCACCAAGCCCCUGAAAGAGAACAUUUUAUUCUCCACAAUAGGGGACAAAGGACCAGGGAACAAGGGCAAAACAAGCUCCAAAGAUGGGCAAGGCCCAAAGAAACCCUGGAAGUUCCCGCAGGUGGCCCGGCCAGGGCGGCUCCUAUCCAGCACCAUGAGCCUCCAGCAUAGCAGCCAGCCCAGCAUGAGUAGCGGGCUAGACCCCAAAGGGUCAAGCUCUAUCUCCACUAUGUAUGAGGAUCCAGACAGCGAUGGGGAGGAGCCGGAGCUGUAUUUCACAGAGCCCCAGCAGCUCCUGGACGUCUUCAUGAAGCUAGAGGAGCAGAACCUCUCACUCAUCCAGAACACACAGGAGAUGGAGGAGGCCCUGGAUGAUCUGAACUUCACCCUGAAAAACACCCAGAUUCGCAUGGACAGGGAGGUCAACCAGCUGAAGCAGUGGGUCACCACACUGAUGAUGUCCAUCACCAAGGAGGAGGAGAUGGCUGCCGAGCUGGAGCUCAAAGCCCGAGUCUUCCACUUCGGCGAGUACAAGGGCGAUCAGGAGGACAAGCUGCUGGCAAGCCUGAACCGCAAGGUGCUGGAUGUCUACCAGCACUGCAUUGGCACCCAGCAGGAGUCCAACCUGGGCACCGUGCACAUGCUGACCGUCAUUGAGCACCACCUGCAUGAGCUGCUUGAGAACCUGGAGCGCGUACCCCAGAUCAAGAUCGAGGAGGCUGAGAAGGCCAAGGAGAAGGAGCGCCGCAUGAGACUCCGGGAAGAGAAGGUCUUGAUGCAGAAGCGGCUGCAGGAGGAGCGUCUGCAGCGGGCCCAGGCCCGGGCCCAGGCUGAGAUCAAGAAGAAGAGGGGCAGGAGACUGGUGAGUCGCUCCCGGCCCCCAGCUCUCAAAGCAAAGGAGGAGCCUGAGCACGUGGUGGUAGACAAGGACAAGGAGGAGGAGCUGCUGUUCUUCACCUAGGCUUCCGGCGCCGAGGACACAGCAGGAAGCAGGGGCCGAGUGAGCUGGCCCGUGGCGGCUGUCACCAUGUCCCCAUGCCCCUCCCGGCCUC